AUGGAGGACGAUUUAAUCGAUUUGAAUAUCGAUUUAAAUCGCGCAAUAGAAGAAAAAUUGUAUAAUUAUGACGAAAAUUUAGAGAAUCAUAGAGAAGUAUAUGACGUUGAAGAUGAAGAUGAAGGCACAUCUCAGCAAGUUAUGGUUGCAAAUCAAUGUAUUGAAGAAGGUUCAAUAAUACAUUCAAUUGAUACAAACCACAACAUCUUUGAAAAUCCAAAUAAUGAGCAGGAAGAAAACAUUGAUAAAGAAUUAGAUGGCAGUUUAAUUGGAGAAGCAAGGAAAACAACCGAUGAGAUUUAUGAUCUAUAUUGCAAACAUGCUGCUAUUAUUGGUUUUAGUGUACGAAAAGGGAAGAAUAGAUAUAAAGAAGGAACCACAAUUGUUAAUGGAAAAUACUUCUACUGCUCUGCUGCUGGAAUAAGAGACCCUCCUAAAAACAAAGAACUCAAAAAUGAAGAUGAUCAAUCAGAUGCAAAGAAGAAAGAAAGGAGAAAGAGGGUUAUGAUAACAAGAACAAAAUGUGAAGCUCAAAUAUUUGCAAAGAAGAAUGAAAAUGGAGAUUUUGAUAUAGAAAAGCAUGUAGUGGUACAUAAUCACCCAUUGACAAGAGAAAUAAGUAAUUAUCUCCACCGAUCGGAACGAUAAAUGACAGAACCUAAAAAAGAAGCUAUUGAG